AUGUUCUCCCGUAACCGCUGCAAUGGUCAGGAUGGCACGGGUGUCCCUCAGUAUCCCCGACCCAAAAAGAAAACUGCAGUGCCAAAGAGAAGGCAGCCAAAUCCCAAAGUUGCUCUGGUGUUGCGUGGGAAAAUUCAUCGUUUCUUGCAGGGAUCUGCAGAUCAUACUGUCCAGCCUUCUGGUCUUUACUAUGCUGGAAUUGAAGAAGAGGAUGAAGAGGGGGAAGAGGAUGUUGAAAAAUUGCAGAAUUACGACAGGAGAGGAUUAGCUUCAGCAGAGGUCUGCUGCUCACCUCAGGUGCCAAAUGGACAUGGGCUGGGAGCAGUUUCUGGGGCACCUUGCGUUGGGGAAGUGGAACUAAAUCGAGAAGGAGGCAUCAGGAUUCCUUGCACUUUGCAGCAUAAUAGUAAUUCAACAGUAGUUCAAUACCAAAUGACCCAAGGUCUAAAUGGGACUGGGUUUUCAUCUGAAAGAGGACUUGAUCGUGAGCCAAAAAGACAGACAGAUACUCUGCUGUGCAUGACGAUGCUGGAUGAAGUCAUGGAGGGGAAUAAUGAGGACUGUCAAGAGGAAGAAUCGAGUGCUAUCGUUGAGCACAUACUGAAGGAAUUGCGAGGGAUCAACAAAAUUCAAGAGGAGAUUUCAGACUUGAGGGAGUACCUGUCAUCUGUUCGUGGUUCUGUCGAGGAGGUCUCCAGCUGUGUGGAUGCCGUCUUAAUGGAGAUUGAAUGCAUGCGGUCUGGAAACAAAUCUGGUGUAGAGACUUGGCCAGGAGCAAUGGGUGGCACUGAGACUCACUCCCACCACACACACAAAUCAAAUAACACUGUUAGUAUAGGCUGCUACAAGCCUUACGCUGUUGAAUCCUCAAGUAGCUGCGGUGAUACACUCUCAGAAUAUCAAGUUGUUGAUGGGAAGCACAAAGAGGCACCAAGGCAGUCUGCUUUCACUAGGAGAAGAAAGCUUAGCUUUGGUGGUCUUGAGCGCCAGGAUGGACAGGACUGUCCAAGCACCAGUUCCCUAUCUCCAGGUCAGAGUUCCAAGUCUGAAUCUGAUCCAGAAAGACCCACCUCUGGACAUGGCAAAGCAGGGAGUGAAAGUCAGACCUGGAACCCAGUGGCUUUAAAAGACAGCGGGAGUGGAGAGAUCGGUUGGAGCGAAGAUGAUUCUUGCUCCAGACAAGCCAGUUUUGAAGAGGCAGAGUGCUGCACAGGUGAAGUGAACAGCUGGGACCCAUCAAGAGCCGUAAGUACUUGUAUGAUGGGCACCUCAGAUCAAAUAUCCGUAGUAUCUGGUAAACACUACAACUCUCCUGUUAAUACAAGCAAUAGAGAAGAUUGGAAGCUGUAUGAUGCAGAAAUGCUCCCUGAAGAACCUGGUUUGGGCUGCCAUAAUUGCAAUGCAGGUGGUAAAUGUCCUCAGAGCUCUGUUUAUCAGAAUGACAUUUAUCACAUGUCGUCAUCUUGUGAAAAUUGCGUAGUUCCAUUUAAAAGUCAGUCAAUAGAAAGUGUGAUUAUUGAGCCAUCCAGGAACCUUCUAUGUGAAGGUACAUCACUCUGUAAUCAAAAUGUCCCUGAUUUGAAGCCAGACUCUGCUGAUGACAGUAAUGUGGCGUUUAAUGUAAAAAAGUUUGGUAGAGCAGUUAUUGACUUCAGAACUGCCUUGCGGGGAGCUCUGAAGAAGAUGGAUGGAACUAGUGAUACUUUGCCUGCUGAAAGGGUUGAAGUCCAUACGCCAAUUUCCCCGUGUGAGGAACAACAAGGAAUGGUAAAUGUUGUAAAUACUAAGACACCAAAAUUAGAGAUGCCUCACAUGGAGACUACACAAAUAGAAAUAAAUUAUUCUGAGCGGCCGCAAGCCAUCAGUACUGAGAAAGGUUUCGUAGAGAUACCUCAAUGCAUCUCCACCAAAGCAAAUCCUGAAUCACCUCCCCACCAGCAUAAUAUUGAAGAUUCAGAACAUCCAAAAUCUCCAGGGUUGGACUCAUCCACAAGUAAUGCAUCAGAUGCUACAUCUGGACAUCCAGCCGAUGCUCAUUUACCACAGUGUUUCUCUACAGACAUUAUCCCAGACUCUUUUUCCCCCGAGGAACUAGCAGUUGAAGAGGAGCGGAGAACACUAGUAGGGGAAACGCAGCCUCCUACUGAGUCCUCUACAGACGGAGGUAGUAAAGCAGAGCUUAGUCAGCGGGAAGCACGUCGUCUGAAGUGCCUCAGGAGUUUCCAGCAGAUUCUAAGGGAGAAGAGAGAGUCCAGAAGACAACUCAGUAUAGUGACCAUGUCAACAUUUUCUGAAGAUGAUUUGAACCCAGAUGGAAGCCAGCAUGAAGAUCAGAAUAUCAAUGGAGACCAUAACAAACAUCCAUGGGCCAAACCUGGGGGAGGAGGAAUAUUUGGCAUUGAUAGCAUGCCUGACCUUAGGAAAAAGAAGCCUAUCCCCUUGGUUAGCGAAGUGGUGAUGUCUCUUGUGCAGUCCAGGAAAGCAGGGAUCUCGCAUGCAUUAGCUGCACGCUCUUCACUAAAGGAUGAAGAACUGAAGAAUCACGUGUACAAGAAGACACUCCAGGCUCUGAUUUACCCUAUUUCUUGCACAACACCCCAUAACUUUGAAGUGUGGACGGCCACUACGCCCACCUACUGCUAUGAGUGUGAGGGUUUGUUGUGGGGCAUUGCACGGCAGGGCAUGCGCUGUUCAGAGUGUGGUGUCAAAUGCCACGAAAAAUGCCAGGAGCUUCUCAAUGCAGACUGUUUACAGAGAGCUGCUGAGAAGAGCUCCAAAACAGGAGCAGAGGACAGAACCCAGCAUAUCAUAUCGGCCAUGAAGGACCGCAUGAAGAUCCGAGAGAGGAACAGGCCUGAAAUCUUUGAGAUGAUAAGGCUUGUGUUCAGUGUGACUAAACUGAACCAUGCUCAGCAGAUGAAGGCCAUCAAGCAGACUGUUCUUGAUGGAACAUCAAAAUGGUCUGCCAAAAUCUCCAUCACAGGUCUGAAGAGGGAAUCUGAUGACUUUUUGGGUCAGAGCAUUAUCGAGGUCCGAACCCUCAGCGGAGAAAUGGAUGUCUGGUACAACCUUGAAAAACGCACAGACAAGUCAGCGGUAUCAGGGGCCAUCAGACUGCAGAUAAGUGUGGAAAUUAAAGGAGAAGAGAAAGUGGCCCCUUAUCAUGUUCAGUACACUUGUUUGCACGAGAAUUGUUUUCACUUUGUGACAGACAUUGAAGGACAAGGUGUGGUGAAGUUGCCCACAGCACGAGGAGAUGAUGCCUGGAAGGUCUACUUUGAUGAGGUUGCUCAGGGUAUUGUAGACGAGUUUGCCAUGCGCUACGGAAUAGAAUCCAUCUAUCAGGCCAUGACGCAUUUUGCAUGUCUGUCCUAUAAAUACAUGCUGCCUGGUGUCCCUGCGGUAAUGAGCACACUCCUGGCCAACGUCAACGCAUUCUACGCUCAUCCCACCUCAGUCACCAAUGUCUCCGCCUGUGACCGCUUCACUGCCUCCAACUUUGGGAAAGAUCGGUUUGUUAGACUGCUGGAUCAGCUCCAUAACUCUCUCCGUAUUGACCUGUCAACAUACAGAAAUAAUUUCCCAGCCAGCAGUAAACCACGUCUAGCAGAUCUCAAAUCCACAGUGGAUUUGCUGACUAGCAUUACAUUCUUCAGACUGAAGGUUCUGGAACUGCAGUCUCCCCCUCGUGCCGCCCAUGUGGUCAGGGACUGUGUGAAAGCAUGCCUCAACUCCACAUAUGAAUACAUCUUUAACAACUGCCAAGAGCUGUACAACAGACAGUUCCAGCCGGCCGUGGAACCUAAAACACAAGAAAAGAAAGAGGGAGAAGAGGGUGAAGAAGAGGAAGACAAAAAGGAUGAGAAAGAGGAGGAACUUGCUGCUGUAGAGGAACCAGGACCAAGCAUACAGAAUUUGGACUUCUGGCCCAAACUCAUCACCUUAAUAGUUUCCAUCAUAGAGGAGGACAGGAACUCCUACAGCUCAAUCAUCAAUCAGUUUCCUCAGGAGCUGAAUGUGGGGAAGGUCAGUGCCGAGGUCAUGUGGACACUCUUUGCUCAGGACAUAAAGUAUGCACUGGAAGCUUCUAAUCAUAUCGUCUACAAACAUUGGAAGAAUGCACCUGCCACAUCCCAUAUUCGCAGACUUGAUUUUUAUGCUGAGCAUGAAAAGCUGAGGUUUUGUAAAAGUGCGGACUACAUGAAUCUGCAUUUCAAAGUCAAAUGGCUCUUCAACGAAUACGUCUGUGACCUGCCCGCCUUCUCCGACACCGUCCCAGAGUACCCAUCGUGGUUUCUGCCAUUUGUUCUCCAGUGGCUGGCUGAGAAUGAAGAAGUGUCGAUGGAGUUUAUGCAUGGAGCCCUUGAGAGGGAUAAAAGAGAGGGGUUCCAGCAAACAUCUGAGCAUGCCCUGUUUUCAUGUUCAGUCGUGGACAUCUUCACUCAGCUCAACCAAAGCUUUGAGAUCAUCAAGAAAUUAGACUGUCCUGAUCCUGCAGUGGUUGCCCAGUACAACCGACAAUUUGCCAAGACUAUCACCAAAGUGCUCCUGCAGUAUUGUGCUAUUCUAACCAAGGGUUUCUCCUCGUACUGCGAGAAAGAAAAGACACCCUGUGUGUUGAUGAACAACGUUCAACAGAUGCGUGUGUUGUUGGAGAAGAUGUUUGAAUCUAUGGGGGCAAAACAGUAUACUGUUGAGGAAGAGCGGCUGGAGAAUGAGGAGGAGCCUGAGGACGAUGAGGAGGAGGGCAUCACUGAUGAUGAAGGCAAUGAGUCGGAUGAAUCAGAUGCUAAGAGAUAUGCAGUGACAAAGCGACCGGAUGCAGUGCAGCAAUUACCAUACAGUCUAUGCCUACUAAGUGACGUGACAUGUGGCCAAAUUGACAACAAAGAAAAGGAGAAUAAGGUUGGUUUUGUAAAGAAAAAAUCUGUUGCUAAGAAAGAAAAGGGGGAAAAGAAGGACAAAGAGAAGGAGGAUGAGAACAUGAACACAGAGGUGGGUAAUAAGCUGAUGCACAUCUGUGUGUGUGUGCCCAAAGAUGAGGGAAAAGAGAAAGAGGCAACAGGCGACACAAAAAAGCUCGACUCAGAGGCUGCAGAUAUCCUCAAUGACCUGCAAGGGAAGCUUAAUUCUUUUCUGGAUAACCUGAGUGGCAUGUUUGCCAAGAGUUUCCAGGCCCGUAUGAAUGCAUGUGUGCGUCAGAUGGCGGAGAUCCUGUAUCAGAUUAAAGGACCUCUGAAUCAGAAUACUCGUAACACAGCAGAAGCUGAUGCAGACAACGCACUGCGGCCGCUCAUGGAGUUUCUCGACACAAACCUCAGCAUCUUUGCAGACAUAUGUGACAAGACUGUGUUGAAGCGUGUGCUAAAGGACCUCUGGAGGAAUGUUCUGAUUUGCAUGGAGAAAACAAUUGUGUUACCUCAGAGCAGCAACAGUAUAGGAGCUCAACUUCUUACUGCUGCUAAGGAACUGUCUAAACUAAAGGGAGGGGUGGAGCCAAAAAGCUUGUCACUAAGGCAAUGUGUGAUCGUGGAGACAGCACUGGAUUCAAUCAAGCUCUUCUUCCAUGCUGGUGGGAACGGUUUAAAAAAAGCGUACCUGGAGAAGAGCCCUGAGCUAUCAACGCUGCGUUAUGCUCUCUCCCUAUACACACAGACCACAGAUGCUCUUAUCAAGGCGUUUGUAACAACACAACAUGCUCAGGUUCAAAAUGGUAUGGGCAUCAGGAUCACCCCCAAGGAGAACGUUCGACCUGACAGAGGCUCUGGGGUUGAGCGGCUGAUUGGGGAGGCAGUGAUUCAGCUGGAUUUGUCGCCCCCAGCUGGAAACACUGAGCAGAAACUCAGUGUCAGAGUGAUUGCGGUAAAUGACAUGAGAUGGCAGACCUCCGGGAUGUUUCGUCCAUUUGUGGAGGUUAACCUGGUCGGCCCACAGCUCACAGAGAAGAAACGAAAAUUCACAACCAAAUCGAAAAACAACAGCUGGACUGCUAAGUACAACGAGGCCUUUCAAUUUGUGUUGGGUAAAGGCGUGAGUCUGGACUGCUAUGAGAUUCAAAUAACGGUAAAGGAUUAUUGUUUCGGUCGUGCGGAUCGGGUGGUCGGGAUCUCAGUACUGCAGCUGCGUGGCAUAGCAGACCGGAAAAGCUGCGUGUGCUGGUGCCCCUUGGGCCCGCGUAUCAACAUUGAUGAAACCGGGACCACUGCAAUACAAAUCCUCUCUCAACGCUCAACUGAUGAGGUUGCCAAAGAGUUUGUCAAACUAAAAUCUGAGACCAGGCCUGCUGAAGAAGGGAGGUGAAGAUGAAACUCAAGGUUGACCUUAUCAUUAGGAUUAAAGUGGACUGAUUUAAACAGAAGAAAUGUAUAAUACGAGACAAA